CAGUCGGGCAGCAAUCAAGGUCUAAUCCCAUUCGAAGCCCACUAAGACAAAUGGCGAACGUUAAUUUGCAAUUGCCGCUCAUCGCAGCCGCCACCACCAUAUUGACAAUUGUCAGUGCCGCCACCACAACCACUGGCACAUCCUCGGAGACGGGCAAGAAUCCACCAUCAUAUGCCCCCAGUCAUCACAGUAUGAGCUCUUUGUUCGACAACCGAUGGCUGCCCAUGGAUCAGGCGUUGCAGCAGCAGCAUCUUCAUCCAAAUCAUCGUUACGGCUUCUCCAGGGUGUCGGCAGGAGGCGUUGGCGAAACGGGCGAAAGGAGGGCUUACAGCGGCAGCUCCCCGCAUGUCGUAAACGGACUCACAAGUCUCUCCGGGCUGGGGCACAUUAGCAAUGGAUACGGUUCAGUGGCGCCCACCCACACGGAGGCGCUGGCCCUGGGUUCCCAGAAACAGGAGAUACCGAUUUACGAGGAGCACAAUGAAGAAGCAGCGGUGGCCGCCGUUGCGGCAGCUGGAGCCCACGAUUUCGGUUCUGGAACUGGCCAGGAUAAUGGCCACCAGUCAGCGCCGAUUUACAAUUAUCCCGGCAUCGGCGCAGGACACAGUGGUGGCUUCUAUGGAGGCAGUGCGGGGGCAGAACAGAGCUACGGAUCUUGGUCAUCAUCGGGGGCGGACGAGACACAGCACCAGCAGCCGGAGUCGCAGGACCCUCAUCCGUAUGCGUACGAUAAAAUUUCAAUGGGCAAUUUCCUGCCGCAGUACGAGCAAGGUUCUGGAUACGAUGACCAGCAGGGACAGUUGUUCCACCACCACCAGCAACAACAGCAGCAGCAACAACAACAGGAGCAGUUCUACCAUCAGCAGCAGCAGCACCAUUUCCAGCAGCACCAACAGCAGCAGGAACAAGUUCCCCACUCGUCGUUCUUCAGUCCACAUGAAACCUCCGCCUCCGGCUCGGCAUCGGCUUCGUCUGCCUCGAGCGGAUCGGGCGGCGACGACUACGAGGAGCAUCCCGACGCUGGCCAGGAGCAGAGCUCCAACUACUUGUCCGAGGCAAGUGGUCACGGCCAGGGCCACACCCACCACUCGCACCACGUGGACAUCAUCAACUAUGUGCCGGUGAAGCAUGUGAAGAAGCAGCACGUGCCGGUGGAGAAGCCCGUCAAGAUACCAAUCUCACAUGCGGUGAUCAUUCCCGUCAAGAAGCCGGUUCCCAUCCACAUACCGAUCACGAAGAACGUGCAGGUGGCCGUGGAGAAGGAGUUGAAGGUGCCGGUGGAGAAACUGGUGCCGGUGCCCGUAGAGAAGCACAUCCCGGUGCCGGUAGAGAAGCAUGUGCCGUACCACGUCGUCAAAUAUGUGCCCAUCAAGGUGCCCAAGCCCUUUCCCGUCAAGGUGCCCGUUUUCAAAACCGUCCUGCACAAGGUCAAGAGCUGGUGGUAGGACACCCAGUAACCACUAAGUAUAUUCCAACUGAACCCUAACGUAACCCAUUUUUGAAUCCUCAUUUGCAUCAACAUUGCAGUGCACAGAGAGUAUUUCGUUAUAAUUAUAAGCACAUUACGCAUACGCCCCGUCAAACCAAAGCGCACAUCGUUAUGCAGUUUUCACAUUUCGUAUUCCAUUUUAAAAUUCAUUUAAUCCUCGUAAAGUACAACAAUUUUGUGACUCAUUUAACAUUACAACAAUUUGCAUUAAAAUACAAACACGAACGGAAACUGAAACAGCAACAGUAACAGCACAAGCGGAGAAUCGGAAUCGGAAGGGGAAACACACAGGACGGACGACACACAUACUGCAAAGGAAUGCGAAGGGCUGAGAGGUUUUUAGCCAGCGAUUUUACGGUGCAUUUGUCAUGGCCAUAACCCGCUCUCCCAACCGGCAUCUCGGCCAGCCAACCAACCACCUUGCCGCUCUCAUUUAUUUAAUUUCACUUUAAGCGCACACAAUGAAAUUUGUGUUUAAUGAAAUGAAAUUCAUCUUCACAAAAGGCUCGCGCUCCAGCGUUGUUCUCAGGCUGCCAAAUGCCAUUUCCAGACCAUUACAUCGUUGGGUGGCUGGGGAUCUGGGAGCUGGAGUUUUGAAAUGAAGGGGCUAACAGCAUCCCCGACAUCCCCGGCAUCCCUUGCAUCCCGUGGUGCCCCGAGUCGCCGGGUCUAAUUAAAUUAAGUGCACACCUUUGUUGUCCUGCGACGCGAUGGC